AUGGCCGACAACAAGGUCUACCGGGCCAGCACCACUGCUCCCGUCAACAUCGCCGUCGUCAAGUACUGGGGAAAGCGUGACCCCAAGCUCAAUCUCCCGACCAACUCGUCCCUCUCCGUCACCCUCUCGCAGGCCGACCUGCGCACCCUGACCACCGCCUCCUGCAGCCCCUCCGACCAAUCCGGCCCCGAUUCCCUCCUCCUCAACGGCGAGCCCUCCGACAUCUCGGGCGCCCGAACCCAGGCAUGCUUCCGUGAGCUCAGGGCCCGCCGCAAGGCCCUCGAAGAUGCCGACUCCUCGCUGCCCAAGCUCAGCCCGCUGCCCCUGAAGCUUGUCAGCGAGAACAACUUCCCCACCGCUGCCGGCCUGGCCUCGUCGGCCGCUGGCUUCGCUGCCCUCGUCAGGGCCGUUGCCAACCUGUACGAGCUGCCCGAGAGCCCGUCCGAGCUGUCCCUGAUUGCGCGCCAGGGCUCCGGGUCCGCCUGCCGCUCCCUGUUCGGCGGCUAUGUCGCGUGGCGCAUGGGGUCCAAGGAGGACGGCACCGACUCCAGGGCCGACCUGGUCGCCGAGGCGUCGCACUGGCCCGACAUGCGCGCCCUGAUCCUGGUCGUGUCCGCGGCCAAGAAGGGAGUCAGCUCCAGCUCCGGCAUGCAGCAGACGGUCGCCACCUCCGGGCUCUUCGCCCAGCGCAUCGCCACGGUCGUGCCCAAGAACAUGGAUCUCAUGGAGAAGGCCAUCAAGGACAGGGACUUUGAGCUGUUUGGCGAGGUGACGAUGCGCGACAGCAACUCGUUCCACGCGAGCUGCGCCGACACGUACCCGCCCAUCUUCUACAUGAACGACGUGUCCCGUGCCGCUGUCAGGGCGGUCGAGAAGAUCAACGAGGCCGCCGGGCGCACCGUGGCAGCCUACACAUUCGACGCGGGUCCCAACUGCGUCGUCUACUACCUGGAGAAGGACGAAGCUGCCGUCGUCAGCACCUUCCACGGGCUGCUGCCAGAGGUCGGCGGCUGGAAGGAGGGCGCUGCCGGGCUGAAGACUGCGGGGGUGGCCCUCGAGGAGCCUGUAGCCGCUGCAAUCAAGACGGGCGUGUCCAGGGUUAUCAUGACUGGCGUUGGCGAAGGACCCAUCAAGACGGACGAGCACCUGGUUUCGGAGACCGGUGAGCCUGUCAAGCGAUAG